GCGGGCGGAGGGGGGCGCGGGGAUAUGGGAGCCGCAGCACGUAUGCGGAGUACGCGGCGUGGAUCGAGGUUGUGGAGGAUGUGUGGUUGGUGGUUGGGGCGAGCGAUUUGGAGAGCGGGGACGAAGGUGAACCGACGGAUGAUGGACAUACGAAUGCAGAUACAGAUGCAUCCCCGACGACACCCGCACCGACGUCCAAACGCGAUUCGGGAAUCUCGCUCCUCGCCCCUGCCCGGAAACCAACGCAUGCGUACACCCUCGCGGCGGCACUCACCCUCCUCCUCCAGCGCGCCGCGAACCUCAAGACCUUGCGACUGCACAUGCACAGCGAUAUACCCGCGGGGCUACCGUGGAGUGGCGUGUUUUGUCGGGAGGCCGGGGGUGGGUUGCGGGAGUUGGAGGUGUUUAUGAGGGUGGAUGAUGGGUUGUUGGGGAGGAUGUUGAGUGUCGGGGAUGAUACGUCACACCCAACGGAACGGACAAGGGGGAAAGGAACGCCACGGCCGAACGCACCCGCACUGCAGACGCUCAUCCUCCACCACUCCACCCUCACUGCCCCCUCGCUGAACCAUCUGCACACCCACGCCCCGCAUCUCACGCAUCUCACGCUAAGAUACCGCCCGCCCCCCGCCCACCGCCGCGCACUCCGCUACCCAUCCGACACGCACGGCUUCCUCCCACCCGCCACGAUGCGCACUCUCAGCGCGGACUUCAAGGGUCUCAAGACCUGCGUGGUGGGACCCUGGGCGGCCGGGAUGCGUGUGGGCGAUUUGGCCGGUCUGCCGGCCGGUGUCCGGACAUUAUCAGUCACCAUCGGGGCCGGUGAAGACACCGACGGCGACGACGACAACCCGCACCCAACCCACUCCCCACAUCGCCCCCUCACCCUCCCCCACCUGACGACCGCGAUCCUCCCCACCCUGCCCAACCUCCACACCCUCCACCUCACCUUCCCCCCACCCACCCCGGUCUUCCCCACCUCCACGUUCCUCUCCGAACGCGCCCUCCUGCGCAUCCCCGCCCACGCCCCUGCCCUAAGGCUCGUCACACUUGACAUCCCGCACGGCGCCAAUGCGCACAACCCCGUGGUGUUCUUUUUGAGAGAUUCGGCAGAGGACGGGGGAGUCACGGGGAUGAGGGAGGUGUAUGGCGUCGAGAGUGAGGGCGGGAGCUUUGCGGUGGAUGAGUUUAGGAUGCGGUGGGGAGCGAGGUGGGGGAGGCGGGAGAGGUGGGUUGGCGGCAAGGGAGGGGGGAGGACGGACGGGUGUGAGUUGAGGAUUGGGGGGUGAGGGAGCGGUGAGAUGAAGGAUGGGUGGCUCUUGAGCUCGGUCCUCAUCUGUUUGUUAUCUUUUGAUUCUUGUAUCCCUCUUAUUGGCAAAGGCUUUAUCAAUCUCCUUCUCUUCAAAGAUCUCCGUUUCUGGCGAAUGAACUCCACCUCGGGUUCGGUGUCGAACUCCUCAUAUGUGGGGAUGAACGCGGGCCUGCGGGUUGCAGUGCUCAUGUUGAAGUUGUUCU